AUGGAGAUCUGGGCGUUCGCCAAUGUGUAUACUGCGGCUCCUCCGAGAGUUAGUGCCGUCCCGUCGUCUUCAGGCGCGGCGACUGAGCUUUCUCGAAUUUGUACAUGGGCCACUGGAGGCGACGCGAUCACCACGACAGCAGUUCAUACAACCGCACUACCUAACACCUUCGUAUCUAACCACCGGUUCUGGAAUGCUAGUCUGGGCCACGAAGCAUUAAACGUCAGCACAAUCGCUAGCAUUCAAAUAGCAGCAACAACAAUCACCGCAGCAACAAAGUCUGGUGGCAAUGUUGAACCGUCUUGGACAUAUCACAAGCCAACAGUGCACACCACCGCGACUCUCCCCGUCAGCGCAACCGCUUCGCAUGAUGCCAGCUUUAGCCGCUUUUCAAUAUAUCUUGGUUUCUUUCUGGCUGUCUCACUUUGGGGCCGUCUUCGUUAG